CACACAAAUUGAUUGCUCACUACCAGCCUUUUUCUAGAGAAUUGCACCACACCACGCAUACUGUAGGAACACCACAAAAAUGUCAUCUUAAUUUGGAGCCACCAUUUCAAUACCAUAUAAAAUUCAUUUUAUUUAGGCCAUUUUCUCAUUACUUUAUCUUACCCUAGGAACCCUCUUCAAUGUCCAUCAUUAACCAAAACAAGCUCCCUUUGAGCUCUCAUCGCUACUUUCAUCCACGCCCUUCUCCUAGAGUCAUCACUCGGGUACAUUGCUUGAUCACCACAUCUUCUAAACCAAAAGUUGAACCAAAUCGAUUAGUGAUCGAAUCACCAUCUGUGCCCCCUACACAAUUUCUAGCUACAAGCAAAACCCCACCUCAAGCCAAUGACCCAAGUCUUAAGUCCACAUGGUUGCAUCGUGUGUGGUUGGCAUCAGGGUGCACAACGGUGCUCAUUUCUCUAGCUAAGUCCUUAGUGGGUGCGUCUAGUAUGCAUAUUUGGGUCGAGCCCACUGUGGCUGGCUUGGUUGGGUAUGUAAUGGCUGAUCUUGGUUCAGGAGUAUACCAUUGGGGCAUUGACAAUUAUGGAAGUGCCUCAACUCCAAUCUUUGGUAACCAAAUUGAGGCAUUUCAAGGUCACCACAAGUGGCCUUGGACUAUCACUAAGCGUCAAUUUGCUAACAAUUUACACGCACUUGCUCGUACAGUGACUUUUAUAGUUCUCCCCAUAAACCUUUUAUUUGAUGAUCCAACUUUUCUUGGUUUUGUUGGUAUGUUCUCUGGUUGCAUUAUGUUUAGCCAACAAUUUCAUGCUUGGGCACAUGGCACCAAAAGCCGACUACCGCCACUCGUGGCGGCUCUACAAGAUCUUGGCAUCAUCGUGUCGCGGUCACAGCAUGGAGCGCACCACCGUGCACCAUAUAACAAUAAUUAUUGCAUAGUGAGUGGUGUUUGGAAUGAGGUUUUGGACAACCAUAAGGUUUUUGAGGCAUUGGAAAUGCUCUUGUUUUUCAAGCUAGGGGUUCGGCCUAGGUCUUGGACUGAACCCAAUUCUGAUUGGAGUGAAGAAAUUGGGGACCAAUUUCAAUAAUUCUUUGCUUUAGUUAAAAUUAGAAUUCAGUACAACUAAUUACAUAUAAUAAUUACAUGUAUAUUGUGAAAAAUUAUUUAAAGAGGCAUUAAUUACUUUGUAAUUGAAUGUGUCUGAUCUUUUUAAUUCGAAUCAGGACUUAAGAAUGAGUCCCCAUUCUUUCUA